AUCGCCAGUUGACGAGUGAGUCACGGAGGGUUAUAGUGCUGUUAGUAUGUUAUUUGUAUAUUUGCCAAUUAUUUAUCGUUCGCGUAAUACGUUAAUCAAGUAUCAAAUUAACCUACGUCACAGUUCUUUACGCAAAGCCUCCGGAAAACACCUCACUUCAGUAAUCCCGCAGUGAAAAAUUACCUGACCUUGUUAACUUAUCAUUGCUUAAUUAACUUAAAAGUAAGGUUCAUUGUUCAUAAAAUGAAGUGCUGUUUUUGGAAAUAAACUGUUCCAUGGGAAACCCGCGAAAUGGUUCACAAAGGAGCAACACAACGUCUGGCAAGAUAAGGUCAAGAUGAGCAGGGGGUACUACAACUCUGGAGCCCCCUUCUUGUACUCGGGCGGCGAGGCGGUGGGCCAGGGUAUGGACUGCCUCCAGCUCCGUCAACCUCCCGGCCCCUUCCACUAUCUCAUCAGCGAGCAAGCCAAGUCCCUGGUCGCCCUCCAAGAACUGCAGCAUGAGGUGGGCGCCCUCCUCGAAUUCCGCGAUCUCGUCAUCGAGACAUUCCCGAACCUGCGGACCAAACUGGCCUCAUCCACGCCCACCACCAUGACUUCCUCGCACCACGCGUCCAACAUCCCCGUCUCGAUCCGGCCCGGAGACUGGACGCCCGGCGUGCGGGUGCGGAAGAAACUCGGGAGCAAAGACGAAACUCGGCUCGGCAAAAAGGGCGGCGACAUCGCCGUCCAAGACUCGGGCUUCAGCACCGAGACCUCCAGCAAGGAAACCCACAGCGCUUCCUCCACGGCGCCGCCGCCGUCGAGCGCCGCGGGGGCCGCCGACGAGACCGAAGACGAGCUGUGGAACCUCUUAGACGUCAUCCACAGGAAGGGCACCCGGCUGAAAGACGAGGUGGAGGCGCUGCAGGGGGCGCUGCGGGAGCAGGGAACCGUGGAGGAGAGCGACUUCCAGAGGGUGCUCUUCACGGGGUCGGCGGACGACGUGAGGCAGCUGAGGCAGGAGCGCGACCUCCUCUUGGACCGGUUGGCCGAGAUGGAGGCAGAGGUUCUGGCCGGGCGCGUGCACACGUCGCGGUUGCAGGAAGACUUGGAGAAUCUCCUUUCGGCCAAGCACGACCUGGAGGAGCAGCUGAAGGCGGUGGUGUCGCAAAGGGGUGAAGUGAAUUCUCGCAUACACGACUUGCAUUUACAGUUCGUGACUAAAAGUGGGGAUAGUUCGCCGGAUGAGGGCGAGCAGUCCAAGGUGCUAUUAGCUGGUGAUAGUCUAAGUAGGAAAGACUCAACGACUAGUCAAAGGACACCAAGGAAACACGGGAAAGGUGUUUUGGAUCUUGUGCUUGGUGAUAGGAUACCCAAAGUUAAAGUGCCGGAUUCGAAGAAAAUCGAAGCCAUUCUCAAGGAGAGCGAUCCGGUGGUCUUGCAGAAGCAUUUGUUGACAUCGACGGUGCAGAAUCAGGUCCUCUACCAACAACUUGACACGGCGUCCCGCGUGGAGAUCGGCUUAGCGGAUAAACUGGAGAAGGCAAGGGAAGAAAAUGAUGAGCUUCGAUUUCAGCUCGAAGACAAAAACAUCGAAUUGGAAGGUACCAGGGCGAGGGUUCGCAUGCUCGAGCAGCUCCAGAAGUCCAUAACGAACAGCUCCCCGGACGUCAUCCCCGACCACCCCAUCUCCCGAACCGAGAUCACGACCGCCAGCAUGAAGGCCAUGAGUCCCCUGCCCCUCAACCUCCAGAUGGACCACUCCAGCAGCACGGAGUCCGCUCACGACCAGGCCGAGAGCAAUCGCAAGAGCGACGGUCAGGCGAAGAGGCGGCCCAGCAAGAUCCCGCUCAAGAGCUACACGGCGCCAAAGCCCCCUGGAGGUAAACACAGCCCCGCACCCGGUGCACGUAGUCGUAGCGGCGAGUCGCCUGGUAGACCGCACUCUGCACAAUCGUGGAGGAACCGCAGCGAGGGUAACAGCUUGUCAGGCAGCAAGAGCAACUCGUCCCUGCCCAAGUCCAGGAACGGGUCGCUCGUCUCGGCCAAGGACUCGCUCUCGAGCAAGCUGAGGAGUAGCGACUCGCUGUCGAAGCUGACGCCGUCGAAUAACAAUAGCUUUGGGAGUAGCAGGGGCACGAUGAGGAAGACGAGCGCGCCGGUUAAGUGGACCAACAGCUCCAAAGACGUGGCCGAUAAGAUAAGUUUAAACUCAGCAAAAGAAAAAUCUCAAUAUCCAUGGACUCUCUCUUCAUAUAACACCGACUCUGGUUCUCCUUAUCCAGAUUCGUUGGACAGAUCUGUACAACCGACCACCAUAGAAACUUCCAGUAGUCACCGUUUUCAAACCGCUAACACGUUUUUAUGGAAUGUGGGCAGCACACAAAGUGAAUUUUAUGAUAGUAUUGAUUCUAAUAUUACUUCCAGUUUGUAUCAACAAAACGGAGAGGAUUUGGCAGAGUGCGAUUCGUUAGAAAAGCAACUGUCAGACAUCUCUGAUCAGAAAUAAUUUUUCGUGUGUAUGUGUGUAUACUUAAGAACAAAAUAACUCCAAACUAUUGAUUUAUGUUACAUAGUUGUGCAAACAGCCAUUAUAGCGAACUUGCAGGUAGUAAUUAAAACUAGUGGAACCAGUACAUUAAGUCAACAUCGUCAGUGUUAUAAUUACUGAUAAACAGUUUUUUGCUGUUAAUUGCGCUUUCAGAAAUUUAUUGUUCACGGAUUACCAUUUUUACGCGUUAUAAUGAAUAUAUGAAUUUAUAAUAACAGGUCACUUUAGUAUUUUGUUCUUUGGUAUAGGUUUUAGCAUUCCAUAGUCUUUUGUCAAGUACUCAAUUCAAGGGUAAAUUUGAUUUCACAAAUUUGUAUUACUUGAAAACUGGGGCUUGUUUUUACAUUAUUGUGGCAUUUAUUUACAUAACUGAACUUAUUUUGUGUAUUUCUACUUUUACGUAUACAUUCAAAGUAUGCACUUAGAUAUUACCGACCUGCUUGUCAGUCCCAUUAACAUCAGUAUGGCUGACGGUAUGGCUGUAUGCUUUUAUUAUCGUGCAUGAUAUUUUAGUAUUUUAAAAUAUUUCUUGUAAAGUAUACUAUAAGCUAUUUAAAUAAUUUUAAUUUUUAUUAGUUUUUUUUAUUUUAUUUUUUCUGUUAUAUUGCUGUGUAGGACUGUGAUAGGUAUAUACAGAAUGAUAGGAAAAGUGGCAAUUUAUACAUAAUUUAAGUUCCUUACUGUGUAUUAUGAGGUAAACAAUUCGCUAGGUACCUUCUAAAAUCUCCACUGACGUUUCCAUUUUUUACAAAGUUUUUACGUAUUUAUUAAAAUUGUUUAUUUAUUUUAGGGAUUAAAGUCAUCUACAGUAUUUUAUAAAUUGGAUUCACAUAUU